AUGGCUUGCAGAAACAUUAUGUCCAUUAUUUCGACCAUGCAGCCACAAAAACUUUAUACUAUAGAGAAGCAAAGUCAUCCUGAAAGGAGGAUAUCUACCUAUAAACCAAACAUUUGGAAAUAUGAUCAUCUACUUUCUCUUACAAGUGAAUAUUUUAAAAAGAAGUACAAAGUUGAAGCUGAGAAGCUAAAAAAGGAAGUGAUCAGUUGCACGUUUUCAAACACAAUUAGUCCACUGACCCUGCUAGAGCUUGUUGACAGAAUUGACAAAUUGAGCCUCGGUAGUUACUUUGAGGUUGAAACUAAGGAAGCUUUGGAAAAGAUAAUUAAGUGCACGUACAGUGGUGCUAAUUAUUCAAGUUCAAAGGAUCAUGAUGAGGAUCUCUAUGCUACUGUAUUGUGCUUCAGGCUCCUCAGGGAACAUGGCUACCAUGCUUCACAAGAUAUGUUAAAGGACUUGUUCGCUGGCAAAGGGAAACUCAUGACAAAGAAAGUCUCAGAUAUCAAAACAUUAUUGGAGCUUUUGGAAGGAUCAUAUCUGAGCAUGGAUGAUGAAAACUUACUGAACGACAUAAGAAUGUUCUCAACCAAAAACCUCAAGAAUUUAUCUAAAUCAAAUGUUGACAGAUUUAGUAGUACUAAUGAGGAAUAUAAUUUGAGCAAUAGCUUGAAGUGCAAUCCGUUGGCAUUGAGAGUGAGAUGGUACGAUGUUAGAAGACACCUUAGUGCUCAAGAUGAACUAGAAUGUUACACAAAUCCAAUGUUGUUGAAGUUGGCAAAACGUAACUUCAAUAUUAUUCAAGCCACACGCCAAAAAGAUCUUAAAGAUGUGAUAAGAUGGUGGAGGAAUCUUUGCAUAGUUGAAGAUUUGUCCUUUACAAGGGACAGGAUAGUAGAAAGCUUCUUUUACGCUGUAGGAAUUGCCUCUGAGCCUCAACAUGGAAGCAUGAGAAUAUGGCUCACCAAAGUGAUUCAAUUAAUUUUAAUUAUAGAUGAUGUUUAUGAUAUUUAUGGUUCAUUACCCGACGUGGAGCAAUUCACUCGUGCCAUAGAGAAGUAG